AUGAUGGUGCCAGACUGGUCCAUGCUGGUGCCAAACUGGUCCAUGCUGGUGCCCAUCCUCGCCCCCAGCUACGAGGCGUGUGCGGAGGCGGCGGCCUGGCUGCGGGCCCGACUGCGGGAGCCCCCCAGGGUGGCCCUGGUGUGCGGCUCUGGCCUGGGGGCGCUGGCCCAGGAGCUCUCGGACCCCCAGACCUUCAACUACUCCGACAUCCCCCACUUCCCCCGCAGCACCGUGCAGGGUCACGCUGGGCGAUUGGUUGUCGGCCGCCUGGGCUCCGCCCCCUGCGCGGUCCUGCAAGGCCGGUUCCACCUGUAUGAGGGCUACAGCCCCGCCCAGGUGGUGGUACCUGUCCGGGCUCUGGCCCUGGCCGGAGUCCACACCCUGGUGCUGACCAAUGCCGCAGGGUCCCUGCGGCCACACCUGGGCCCCGGUCACCUGCUGGUCAUCCGCGACCACAUCGACCUCCCCGGCCUGGCCGGACGCUCGCCCCUCGUGGGGCCGAAUGACGAGAGGUUCGGGCCACGCUUCCCCUCCAUGACGGACGCCUACGACCCCGGGCUGCGGCGCCUGGCGCUGGCCCUGGCCCCCAAGGAGCUCCGGGCCUGCCCCGGGGUCUACGUGGGCGUGGGGGGGCCCAGCUACGAGACCCCCGCCGAGUGCCGGCUCCUGCGGCUCCUCGGGGCCGAUGCUGUCGGUAUGAGCACGGUGUCGGAGGCGUCGGCCGCGCGUCACCUGGGGCUGCGCGUGCUGGGGCUGUCCCUCAUCACCAACUCCGCCCCUGGCGACGAUGAUGACGGUGGGGGGGACAGCGAUGACGUCACGGCAGGAGGGGUGGGGCUGGGGCCACACCCUGCCACGCCCACGGGGCACGAGGAGGUGCUGGCCGCCGCUCAGGAGGGGGCGCGGCACCUGCGGGCGCUGCUGCUGGCCCUGGCCCCCAAACUGGACGAGCCCGGACGCGCCCGGACGCGCCCGGACGCUCCGUGA